CUACCAGAGAAAUGCAAGACCCUGGUGGCCCCGGAGAUCAGCAUCUCGCUGGACCAAAGCGAGGGCUCCCCGCUGUCCAACGACUUCCUGGACACGCCGACAACCUGGACAUGAACGUGGACAACAUUGAGACCCCCGACGAGAUGGACUCGCUCGAGUUCCUGGGCAACGGCAAUGAGCUGGAGUGGGAAGAUGACACCCCGGUGGCCCCCGGCAAGAACAUGCCUGGGGACAGCGCGGACCUGUUUGGGGACGGCGUGGCAGAGGACAGCGAUGCGGCCAAUGGGCGCCUGUGGCUCACAGUCAUCAUCGGGGAGCAGGAGCACCGCAUCGACCUGCACAUGAUCCAGCUGCACAUGAAGGUGGUCACGCACGGAGGCAACCACGGCGAGGGCCUCAACGCCAUCAUCGUCUUCACCUCCUGCUUCCUCCCCAACAGCAGCUGUGCUGACUACCACUGUGUCAUGGAGAACCUGUCCUGCCAUUUGUAAGGAAUGGAUCAGGAGUGAUGCAUCCAGGACAUAAACCAGUACCUACAUGGGAUGCCCACAUCACAGGCAACGACUUUAUCCUUUGUGCCACAAUGUCAGCUCCCCAGCAACAUCUCUUGAUACCAUGUUGAGUACAGCAGAAAAUAUAUUCAACCUAUUGUUCCUUACAGGUAGGUCAUUUCACAUCCAAAAAUUCUUUAAGGAUUUAUUUGUUUAUGUGAAAGUCAGAGUUACACAGAGAGAAGGAGAGACAGAAAGAGAUUUUUGAUACAUUGGUUCACUCUCUAGAUGGCCACAAUAGCCAGAGCUGGGCUAAGCUGAAGCCAGACAUCUGGAGUUUCUUCUGGGUAUCCCAUAAGUGUGACACAGGCCCAUACACUUGGGUCAUCUUUUGCUGCUUUUCCCAAGCUAUUAUCACAGAGUUGGAUCAAAAGUGGGGCAUCUUGAACUUGAACUGACACCCAUACAUGAUGCUGGUAUAACAGGCAGUGACUUAACCUGGCAGCCCCAGAGACAGCAAUUCUAAGUGAUGUUAUUAUGUUUAGUGGUUCUAUAAAGGUACUCCCAUCACCUUAUUUUUAUGUAAAUUGCCUUUACUGACAUAUCUCUUUUUUAAAAAAGAUUUAUUUAUUGGAAAAGCAGAGUUACAGAGAGGCAGAGGCAGAGUGGGAGAGAAUAUCUCCCAUCUGCUGGUUCACUUCCCAAAUGGCCGAAAUGGCUGGAGCUGGGCUGAUCCAUAGCCCAGAGCCAAGAGCUUCUUCCAGGCUUCCCAUGUGGAUGCAGGGGCUCAAGGAACUGAGCCAUCUUUCACUGUUUUCCUAGGCACAUUAUCAGAGAGUUGGGUCAGAAGUGGAGCAGCCAGGACUCAAACCAGUGCUAUACUGGAUGCUGGCACUGUAGGAAGUGGUUUUACCAACUGUGUGACAGUGGCAGGCCCUGAGCCAUCACUUUUAAAAUAUAUCUGUUGGAAGAUGAAUGUAAGCCUUUGCUUUUCUCUUCUACUCUAAUAUGCAACAUUAUUUCUUAGCUCCCAUGCAUGGUAAGGUUAAAAUGUGGCAAACCUCUUUACAUAGAUUUGUCAAGCAAGUGUGGAAGGUAAUUUAGGUAAUAAGUAGAAAUUAUUACAACCAAUUUUUAUCAAUAACUUUUUCUUUUUUACUGGCAUCAAACUCAAAAGCUACUGUCUGGUUUCUGAUCUGUGAACUUCUCUAAAGUAGUUUCAUCCCAGUGUAAGGGAAAUUAUGAUCAGCCCACACAUCAAAAAUGGUAGUAUACCCAUUAGCCUCUUCAGUACUAGCAUAUACAGCUUCAUGGUAGCAUGUAGUGAAAUGUUCAGCAGUACCAACUGCCAAACCAGUGUCAGCGGAUAGCACAGUCAGUCUUAAAAAGAGACAGCACCCCCAUUAAAAGAAAGUUGCAAAAAUUUUGCUCAGUUCUUGCCAAGUGAACCCCCUCUAUCAAAUUAUAAUUGAAUUGUAUUUAAACUUGUAUCAGACAAAUGAAUUCCUAAUAUCAAAAAAUAAUAUUUGAUGUUUGCCUCCACUUGGAGGCUUAAUUUUGGUGCUGAGUUAUCAUGCUAAAAUUGAAAAUUUUAGUCUACUUAACAAUUUUUACAUACCCAAUUAGAGAUGUAAGGUAUACGCUGAUAUUCAAUAUAAACCAGUGGAACAAUAUGGUAAUCAUUCGACUUUUUAGUCCAAAACCAAGUAAUUCCCAACUCCAUCAACUUUUUUUUUUUAUUUUUUGACAGGCAGAGUGGACAGUGAGAGAGAGAGAGACAGAAAGGUCUUCCUUUGCCGUUGGUUCACCCUCCAAUAGCCGCCGCAGCCGGCGCACCACGCUGAUCUGAUGGCAGGAGCCAGGUACUUAUCCUGGUCUCCCAUGGGGUGCAGGGCCCAAGCACUUGGGCCAUCCUCCACUGCACUCCCUGGCCACAGCAGAGAGCUGGCCUGGAAAAGGGGCAACCGGGACAGAAUCUGGCACCCCAACUGGGACUAGAACCCGGUGUGCUGGCGCCGCAAGGUGGAGGAUUAGCCUAAUGAGCCAUGGCAGUGGCCCUCCAUCAACUUUUGUCAUCCCCUUGGGGCCAUUCCUCAAAGGUUUUCCAAGUAGAUUCAACUUCUUAGUGCAAUGAAAGAAGGGACGUCUAAAGUCAACCACUCUGUCACUCACCUGGAAAAAGUAUCCAAAUUAUAAAACCCUGAAAUAAUUUAUUACCAAAUUUAGAAUUUAAAUGAAAACAAAAGUUUGCUUGUAAAAGCCUGAAAGAAAAAGACAACAUGCAUUCAAAAGCUAAGAUGAAGACACACAUUUUUAUCUACACAGGCACUGGCAGACACAACUUAAUUAACUUUACUCGUAAGACAUACCCCAUUCUACACUUUCUCAUUCACUAAUCAAUGAGGUACCAAUAUUCAAGACUGGGAAAUUUAAUAUUGAAAAAUAAUAAUAAAACCUAAAAUUGAAGCUGUUCUCUCACCCCCUUCAGAAAAUUAUGGUAGGUAUUGUGUGAAAUGUUAAUAUAUUUAGAGACUUUACCAUCU